AUGCCAGAAAUUUGUGUGUGUUGCUGCUACAGCAUUUUGUGCUGCACAGAGAUAAAUAGCAACUGAUGAUGAAAUUUACAUAGAUAUUGAAGCUUCUACUUUAGCAAGCAAAAMGUUUUAAUAUUGUGGCUGCUGACCAUUUGCUCAGUUACUCAACUUGUGUCUAUAUGGACCAAUCAUAUCACCUUAUAUUACCUUAGUCGCUAAAGCAGGAGCUGAAAAAUACCUGAUAAACUUAGGACGACAGGUGACAACUGGACCAGCAGUGUGAAAACAAAAGCCAAACACCCAUUACUGAGCUAAAAUGGACAGCUAAAAGCUUGUCUGUAAUUUAUUUAUAUUUUUUUCAAUAAUCACACAUUCACUACGAAGAUCCAUGUGUACUCAUCUAGAAUCAGAAACUUAUUUAACACUUUGGACUUUUAAAAGCAUAAUAAAAUGAUAAAAGUGGCAAAAACACAAACUAUCAAAAAAAAUGGACCCAGAACUACAGCAACAGUAUGCCAUUAGUGCAGCGCCUUUAGUUAGCUUUAUAUUUGAAAGAAGCUGCAACUUCCUCCUCAUUGUUUACUGAUGAACUUAACAGUGAUGACAUUUAGGACCCUAUUUUUUUUCUUUUCACGUAAACAGACCAACAUAAUUUGUUAACUUGACAAUUUGUUACUAAACAAAAAAAACCAUCAAUAAGAAACAAGCCUGGCUCAUUUCCUAAGCUUGUCGCAGUGUCACUUUUCCCCUUGGAAACAUUUUCUUGAGUGCAUUGUCUUUUAUCAGAUUUCUUUAGUUUUUAAUUGAAAACAGCAGCUGCUUCACUAAACAACAUGCCUUUGCGUUUACAGUGAGGCUCAAAUUUUUCUUAUUUGCAUGUGUUUUGACUCUUUGUGUGCGUACAGUACAGUACCUGCUGCUACAUUUCAUAUGAUACAGGUGUCCUUCCUCUCUCUCUCUGUGUCCCUCCCUCCCUCUGGAGCUGCUUAAACUCAGAUCCAUGGUGAUAUGUUAUUACUCAGCUCUUUUAGUCCCACCUACUCCUCCCCACCUUCCUCUCUGGUGCUUAUAACCAGUCAGAAGCCCUAAAAUACAAGCAGUUUACUGAACAGGUCCCAGAGAGGCUCUCUUGUGYGCUACAGAGGGCCAAAGAUAAGGGAAGCGAGAAGACAGUCGGUUGACUGUGGAGGACUUUCUGAGAAAUAAUACACUUCUGUGUUCCUGUGAGCUCACAGUGACAGCAGCCUCCAUCACAGCAGAGACUCCAAACCAGCCUCAGAUCCUCAGACAGCUCUUGUACUAGGUGAAACUAUCAGCUGGGAAAAUGGGGUGCUUUGCAUUCCUCAAAGGCAUGAUGUUUGUUUUUAAUGGCAUCAUCUUUCUGGCGGGUGCUGGCAUCCUGGGCGUGGGGAUCUGGGUGAAGGUGGACAGUGGCUCCAUCCUCAGCUUUCUUGGGAAAAUUGAAGGUGUGCCAUCAGAGAUCAGUCAGGUGCUCAAUGUGGGCUACCUGCUGAUUGCCAUUGGGGCUCUGCUGGUCAUCAUUGGCUUCCUCGGCUGCUGUGGAGCCGUAAGGGAGAGCAAGUGUAUGCUGCUGCUGUUCUUUCUCAUAGUCUUGCUGGUCUUCAUCGCAGAGGUUGCAGGGGCAGUGGUGAUUCUGGUGUUCAAACCAGUGGCAGAUAAGUUGUUUGUGGAUAUUGGCAACGCUGCAGUUGGGAAUAUCAAGAAGGAAUACGGAGGGAACCCUGACACUACCGGACUCUGGAAUAGUACAAUGAACACGUUAAAAUGUUGUGGAUUUUACAACUUCACCGACUUUGUGGAUUCUCCGUAUUACAAGAAUCACAACAAUACAUACCCACCACAGUGCUGUGGAAACAACAUCCCAUGUAAUCAAAUCAUGGCUUCUAAUAAUACGGUUACUGGGUGCUUUCCACAGAUCARGAAACUGAUUGAUGACAACACAGUAGUCAUUAUUGCUGUGGCCCUCGGGAUUGCAGCUCUGGAGCUGUGCGCCAUGGCUGUGUCGAUGAUACUGUACUGCAGAAUAAAGUCCACACUGGCUUAACUACACUCAGUAAAGGACUGAAUAAUCACAUUAAUCAUUGAAUUCACCACUUCCUGCCUUCUGCUGCCUUAUCAUGAARGACAUUUGACUUGUGCAAUCGACAACUACUGAGUAACUUUUUUAAAAAACUGUUUAAGUCUAUUUACUAGAUUCAUUGAAUGUAAAGUUUAUAUUUCUUGYGAAAACUUGUCUUUAUAAAACUAGCCACACACUAGUUCUUGGACAUAUCAAGGAGUGCUUGAACAUUUAACACCAAGCCAGUUAAAGAGGAAUUACAUGAUGCGGCUUCUGUAAUAAUGAAACAAAAACUGGUUUAUGUGUUAGAGGCAGGAAACCCUGCUGUGAUGCUUUUUAUUAUCAU